UUUACUGUAGUAUCCCCACGUCGUCGUUUCUCUCGUUUGAUAGUUAAUUCCAGUGGUAGAACCGGAGAAGAUCCUCUUCCUCCGGUUCUCUCCAGUUCCUCCGCUUUCGCCGUCCUCGGCGUUGACCCUAACUGCUCUUCCGCCGAGCUCAAAGCUGCUUUCCGCGCCAAAGUUAAGCAGUAUCACCCCGAUGUGAAUAAAGGAGGAGGGGAUUCUGAUACUAUGAUCCGCCGUGUAAUCCAGUCCUAUGAGAUUUUGUCCAAUUACAGCCGAUCGGAGAUCAUCGAGAGGGAAUGCUUAGAUCCUUUCUACCACCCCGAAAGCGAAGCAUUCGAUGUUUUCAUUAACGAAACCGUGCUGAAAACAUCUGUAGGCUGUCCAUAUUCAUGUGUAAAGAGAGCCCCUCAUGCAUUAGCAUACGAUCCUUCGACUGGAACCGCAUGUGCAACUUCUCAAGGACACAACGAAGAUUAUCAAGUUCAGCUUGCGGUUGGUCAGUGUCCGAGAAGUUGCAUCCAUUUUGUGACGCCUUCGCAAAGAAUCAUUCUGGAGGAGUUACUUGAUAGCAUCCUGGGCGUGCCUUUCGACAUUUCAGCGGAAGCAGACUUGCUUUAUUCCCUUAUAGUUAAAGCCAGGUUCGAAAAUAAUAGGUACCAAAGCCACGUGCAACCAACAAUGUUUCUGCUUGAACCCAUGACAGUACAACACAUAAUAUAUGCACAUAUGGCGUCGAUAGUUUCAUGUGCGAUUCUUUGGAGAGAGGUGGCUGAACAGAAGAAUAUGUCUGCAACUUAUUCAUGCACAAGCAUAGGGAUAAUAAGAUUCUCCAAACGUAUCUGAGUUCAGGUAACAUAUGCAGAUUGUGUAUCAUAAGAUUUACUGAUAUUUAGCUAAAGGAAGGUUGAAUAUAUAUUGUAUCGUAAAAGUUUUUCUUUGCA